AUGGUCCCACAUAGAGGAUGGUUCGAGUCGAGAUCAUUCCGAGUACUAAACCCGCCGCGUCGCAUUAGUUUUGGAGGUGACUCAACUGUCCAUGCUGUUGGAAUCGGCACAGUCAUCAUCCGCACGCAUGUAGGAACUAAGCAGUAUGACAUAGCACUGUCGGAUGUCCUCCUAGUACCGGUUUUCACCCUAUCGCUCAUAUCUGUCUACAAGAUCGGGCGCACGCGUCUAUCCACCAGCUUCCUCGCCAAAUCCGACAUCUGCGAAAUCCGCAAGGGGUCGUGCAUUGUACUCACUGCGCAUCACAAACGCGGACUUCACCACAUCAAAGGAAAGCCCAUGCCCAGCUUGGACCAAGCGAAUGCUGCAGGUAUAGACACUCUCACCGGAACCCCUGAAUUCUGCGAACCAUGCGUCCUUGGAAAGCUGAAGAAACUCCCCUUUACACCCACAAGCGGAAACUGCGCGGAACGCCCAAUCCAAAUUAUUCAUAUGGAUGUAGGCGAACCAAUCACCCCGAUAUCGCGUGAGGGCUUCUGCUAC